AGCAACACACUGAUGCCUGGAUGCGGAGAGCGAUCGGGUACCUCGGCGUUUGCGAGCAGUUCCUGGCCUUGGGGGGGGGGCGGUUUCCACCACCGCCCCAGAUGCCCCCCGUUCCAUCACCCAUCUGGCUGCUGACGGUGUACGGGUACGACAUCCUGACGCGGCUAGAUGAGUCCAAGGCCAGGAUCACGUCCACCUUCGGGUCCAUCCUGAAGAUGGACUCCACCAAGAAGGUGGCGAAGAAGCUCGCCGGUACCGCUUCCGACACGGCCGCCUGGGUUACCAACGUUGGGAAUGAGCACGGGCAGGUCCUCAUCAGUGUCCUCACCUGCUCCGAGGGCACAGAGGGCCUGUCUCCCAUGGCGGCCGGAUUAAUGAGGCGGUACCGACUCGCCGGGGUACCUCCCCCCCAGCUCAUCUACGUGGACCGCGACUGCUGCAACAGAGACGGCGUGUCGAGGACAGCUGCCUUGUUCCAUGAGUGGGGGCAGCUCGUGGUCAGACUGGACAUUUGGCACCUGAUGCGGCGCUUCACGUCAGGUGUCACCACCGAGAGCCACGAGCUGUACCCCUCUUUCAUGAGGCAGCUGUCCCACCGCAUCUUCGAGGUGGACUCGACAGAUGCCCGCCGUCUCACGGAGGCUAAGCGGUCCGAGCUGGAGGGGAAGCACGGGAUGGUCGGCCUGACCGACGCCGAGGUGGUCCGGAAGAUCUCCAAGAAGGAGUGGAGGCUCCACUGCCGUCGUUGCACGCGUGGGGCCGAGGAGACAGCACUCCUUAUACAGGAGCUUCUGGACACCUUCGGCGGUGAGGCAGGACGCGACAACCUGGGCAUCCCGUUGCUUGACAAUCUCCGCAUCCAGGACAUCUGGAGUACGCAGAGGUGCCACCUCAGCUGCAUACAGGACCCACCGGGUGUGCAGCUUUACACCGAGACCGGCAGGCUGACAAAGGGCGGAGUCAGCUUGCCAGUUUACCGCUGCGCGAGGGGCUCCACAUCUCUGGAGUCCUUCCACCUCCACCUCAACCGGUUCAUCCCAGGGACAACUGCUUCUGGGAAGUACUUCCAGGCGUUCCUGGUCGAUGGACUGGUGAGGUGGAACGAGGACCGCGCAGCGGCAGCUGCACCACCGGUUGCAGCUGAGGGACAAGUGGCACCUCUGCACUCCUACAGUGGCCACCUCAAGCACGUCCUUAACCAGAAGAGCCAACGGGUGCUUGGUCUUCAAAUGGUUAAGGACUUCACCAAACCUGCCGAGUACACAGGGGAACUCAUCGGGGUGGAGUUCCUCUACCGGCAGACAGGCAGAGUGCUUGAGGAUGUCAGCUUGGACCCUGACACUCCGGACGAGGUUGCUGCCAUCCAGGAGCUGGAGGAGGCGGAUGAGGGCAUCGAGGAGGACGUUGAGGAGGACCCAACCCUCUUUGCCCCAUCCGUCAGUACAGCGGCAGCAGCCCGGUCAGGUGAUCCGGCUGACGCACCCACGUCUGAGCCAUCCGGUCCGGCCGCCCCCGCCCCUCCCGAGGCCCCUGAACUUCAGGCUCCUGCUUCCCAGCACUCCUCCUCAGACUCUGAGUGAGUUC